AUGUUGAAAAUUGUGAUAGACAGACAUUCAUCGGAUGAAAAAGAAAAGAAAACUGUACUAAAAAUAGAUAUAAAUGAUUGUGGAAGCGUCAAUAAGUAUAGAGAGUACUUAUUGAAUAAAAAUAAUGAGAUGAGAUUGAUGAAACCUGAUGAAAAUUAUGAAAAUGAUGAAAAGGUAUUAUGGACUGUAUCCUACAAGUCCAGGGUCGAUUCAGAACUGGUGAUGAUACACCAACUUCGUGAAAGAACAUCCAUCAGGUCGGCUAGUGUGCUCUGCGUUAACGCAGAUCCACAUUAUGUAAGGGCGAGACAGCCAGUCAAUGAUCAGAAUUUCGUGUUUAAACUCCCAGAUAAUGGUUUACAAUACACGUACUUCGAGGAAGAAGAAUUGGACAGUUUUGGUAAACCAAUAGUGAAAGUCACAUUUAUACCAGAAGAGGACAUUGGCCAUGGCGCAAUCGAUUUGACGUCUGGUGUUGUGGAAAAGAAAAUCAACACUGAGAGGAAAUUUGCCCAAGGUUUAAGCGAUCAUCACAGAUCAAGAAACCAUGGACGGCACCAUAAUAUCGCUGGUGGGGUACUCAAUAAUGGUAAUAGAAAUAGCUAUUGGAAAUCAGAUUCGGAAUCCACUGUUGAUAACGAAAAUGAAAGCAAAAAUUACCAAUACAAUUCCGGUUCUCAAAUCGAAUCAUCAUACUCCAAGAGUAAUCGUGGACGUUUGCCUCAUCCAAUAUUGAGACAUCAUCCACGAAUUCCGAUACGAUCACCAAUUGAGAAACCUGGACCUCUCCCGAUCAAUAAUAUUGGUAUCGGUAUUGGCGUUGGAGCUAAAAUCUCAGGAGGUAUUCAAGGGGCAAAACAUCCAAUAAUCGGAAGGAUCCCGAAGAAGCCUUGGUUGAGAGGAAAGAAACCAAUUGGUGGACAGUCACCUAUUGUGGGAAAACCUGAUGAAGUUGUAACAACAGAAAGUGAAACAACUGUUGUGACUACAGCUAAUGACAAAGCAUCAAAAGAAAAUCAGAGCUCCUCGACCGUAACUAAGGUUAUAACAGAAACAAAAACUGAUUCAGGUCCUCGGCCAGUUGAUUUGAGAAAACCAAAACAUGGCAAGAAACCAAGAGGUGGCAGACAUCCUCAGGAAACAACAACGACCGAAUCAAUAACAACAGUCGUAACUAAAUCCAACAAGGAGACAUCUGAGCAAGACCAGACCAGCUCGACGACAAUCACCAAGAAAGAAACAAUAUCGAAAGGAUCUGACUAUGACUUGAUAGACGACGAAAAUCAACCCGAAAACCAAAGCCCUAAUAACAACCGCGGACAAAACCCUGACGAAAACGACGGCCAACCAGGAGGAAAGAAACCCAAGGGUGGUAAAAAACCCAAAGGCGGAAAUCAACCUGAUAACCAGUCACCAGAUAAUGACGGACAACCCGACAACCAGAGCCCUGACAAUAACGAUGGCCAGCCAGGAGGAAAGAAACCCAAGGGUGGCAAGAAACCCAAAGGCGGAAAUCAACCUGAUAACCAGUCACCAGAUAAUGACGGACAACCCGACAACCAGAGCCCUGACAAUAACGAUGGCCAGCGAGGAGGAAAGAAACCCAAGGGUGGCAAGAAACCCAAAGGCGGAAAUCAACCUGAUAACCAGUCACCAGAUAAUGAAGGACAACCCGACAACCAGAGCCCUGACAAUAACGAUGGCCAGCCAGGAGGAAAGAAACCCAGGGAUGGUAAGAAACCCAAAGGCGGAAAUCAACCUGAUAACCAGUCACCAGAUAAUGACGGACAACCCGACAACCAGAGCCCUGACAAUAACGAUGGCCAGCCAGGAGGAAAGAAACCCAGGGAUGGUAAGAAACCCAAAGGCAGAAAUCAACCUGAUAACAAAUCACCAGAUUAUGACGGACAACCCGACAACCAGAGCCCUGACAAUAACGAUGGCCAGCCAGGAGGACAAAAACCCAGGGAUGGUAAGAAACCCAAAGGCGGAAAUCAACCUGAUAACCAGUCACCAGAUAAUGACGGACAACCCGACAACCAGAGCCCGGACAAUAACGAUGGCCAACCAGGAGGAAGGAAACCCAAGGGUGGCAAAAAACCCAAAGGUGGUAAUAAACCCAACGCCGGAAAUCCACCAGGGCAAACAACAGCUACAGUCACAACAAAGACGACAACGGAAACAACCGCUUCUGCCAGCUCGCCAUCUGGUAGUCCCAAUAACCAACAACCCAAUAACGAUCAACCAGAUGUAAAUGAUCAGUCAGAAGAAGUGUCACCAGAUGAUGACGGACAACCCGACAGCCAGAGCCCUGACAACAACGAUGGCCAGCCAGGAGGUAAGAAACCCAAGGGUGGCAAGAAACCCAAAGGCGGAAAUCAACCUGAUGAUAAGUCACCUAAUGAUGACGGACAACCCGACAACCAGAGCCCUGACAAUAACGAUGGUCAGCCAGGAGGAAAGAAACCCAAGGGUGGCAAGAAACCCAAAGGCGGAAAUCAACCUGAUAACCAGUCACCAGAUAAUGACGGACAACCCGACAACCAGAGCCCUGACAAUAACGAUGGCCAGCCAGGAGGAAAGAAACCCAAGGGUGGUAAAAAACCCAAAGGCGGAAAUCAACCUGAUGAUAAGUCACCUAAUGAUGACGGACAACCCGACAACCAGAGCCCUGACAAUAACGAUGGCCAACCAGGAGGAAAGAAACCCAAGGGGGGGAAAAAAAACCAAAGGUGUGCUAAAAUUGACCUCUAUCAUUUUAAUACAGGCUCGCCAUCUGGUAGUCCCAAUAACCAACAACCCAAUAACGAUCAACCAGAUGUAGAUGAUCAGUCAGAAGAAGUGUCACCAGAUGAUGACGGACAACCCGACAGCCAGAGCCCUGACAACAACAAUGGCCAGCCAGGAGGAAAGAAACCCAAGGGUGGCAAGAAACCCAAAGGCGGAAAUCAACCUGAUAACCAGUCACCAGAUAAUGACGGACAACCCGACAACCAGAGCCCUGACAAUAACGAUGGCCAGCCAGGAGGACAAAAACCCAGGGAUGGUAAGAAACCCAAAGGCGGAAAUCAACCUGAUAACCAGUCACCAGAUAAUGACGGACAACCCGACAACCAGAGCCCGGACAAUAACGAUGGCCAACCAGGAGGAAGGAAACCCAAGGGUGGCAAAAAACCCAAAGGUGGUAAUAAACCCAACGCCGGAAAUCCACCAGGGCAAACAACAGCUACAGUCACAACAAAGACGACAACGGAAACAACCGCUUCUGCCAGCUCGCCAUCUGGUAGUCCCAAUAACCAACAACCCAAUAACGAUCAACCAGAUGUAAAUGAUCAGUCAGAAGAAGUGUCACCAGAUGAUGACGGACAACCCGACAGCCAGAGCCCUGACAACAACGAUGGCCAGCCAGGAGGUAAGAAACCCAAGGGUGGCAAGAAACCCAAAGGCGGAAAUCAACCUGAUGAUAAGUCACCUAAUGAUGACGGACAACCCGACAACCAGAGCCCUGACAAUAACGAUGGUCAGCCAGGAGGAAAGAAACCCAAGGGUGGCAAGAAACCCAAAGGCGGAAAUCAACCUGAUAACCAGUCACCAGAUAAUGACGGACAACCCGACAACCAGAGCCCUGACAAUAACGAUGGCCAACCAGGAGGAAAGAAACCCAAGGGUGGCAAGAAACCCAAAGGCGGAAAUCAACCUGAUAACCAGUCACCAGAUAAUGACGGACAACCCGACAACCAGAGCCCUGACAAUAACGAUGGCCAGCCAGGAGGAAAGAAACCCAAGGGUGGUAAAAAACCCAAAGGCGGAAAUCAACCUGAUGAUAAGUCACCUAAUGAUGACGGACAACCCGACAACCAGAGCCCUGACAAUAACGAUGGCCAACCAGGAGGAAAGAAACCCAAGGGGGGGAAAAAACCCAAAGGUGGUAAUAAACCCAACGCCGGAAAUCCACCAGGGCAAACAACAGCUACAGUUACAACAAAGACGACAACGGAAACAACCGCUUCUGCCAGCUCGCCAUCUGGUAGUCCCAAUAACCAACAACCCAAUAACGAUCAACCAGAUGUAGAUGAUCAGUCAGAAGAAGUAUCACCAGAUGAUGACGGACAACCCGACAGCCAGAGCCCUGACAACAACAAUGGCCAGCCAGGAGGAAAGAAACCCAAGGGUGGCAAGAAACCCAAAGGCGGAAAUCAACCUGAUAACCAGUCACCAGAUAAUGACGGACAACCCGACAACCAGAGCCCUGACAAUAACGAUGGCCAGCCAGGAGGAAAGAAACCCAAGGGUGGCAAGAAACCCAAAGGCGGAAAUCAACCUGAUGAUAAGUCACCUAAUGAUGACGGACAACCCGACAACCAGAGCCCUGACAAUAACGAUGGCCAGCCAGGAGGAAAGAAACCCAAGGGUGGCAAGAAACCCAAAGGCGGUAAUCAACCUGAUAACCAGUCACCAGAUAAUGACGGACAACCCGACAACCAGAGCCCUGACAAUAACGAUGGCCAGCCAGGAGGAAAGAAACCCAAGGGUGGCAAGAAACCCAAAGGCGGAAAUCAACCUGAUAACCAGUCACCAGAUAAUGACAGACAACCCGACAACCAGAGCCCUGACAAUAACGAUGGCCAACCAGGAGGAAAGAAACCCAAGGGUGGCAAGAAACCCAAAGGCGGAAAUCAACCUGAUAACCAGUCACCAGAUAAUGACGGACAACCCGACAACCAGAGCCCUGACAAUAACGAUGGCCAGCCAGGAGGAAAGAAACCCAAGGGUGGUAAAAAACCCAAAGGCGGAAAUCAACCUGAUGAUAAGUCACCUAAUGAUGACGGACAACCCGACAACCAGAGCCCUGACAAUAACGAUGGCCAACCAGGAGGAAAGAAACCCAAGGGUGGUAAAAAACCCAAAGGUGGUAAUAAACCCAACGCCGGAAAUCCACCAGGGCAAACAACAGCUACAGUCACAACAAAGACGACAACGGAAACAACCGCUUCUGCCAGUAAGUUAACAAUCAAUACUUUCGGCUUCCCUUUUGUUUUUGCAAAUAAAAGUAAAUAUAUAGGACUUACAAGUGCUAAAAUUGACCUCUAUCAUUUUAAUACAGGCUCGCCAUCUGGUAGUCCCAAUAACCAACAACCCAAUAACGAUCAACCAGAUGUAGAUGAUCAGUCAGAAGAAGUGUCACCAGAUGAUGACGGACAACCCGACAGCCAGAGCCCUGACAACAACAAUGGCCAGCCAGGAGGAAAGAAACCCAAGGGUGGCAAGAAACCCAAAGGCGGAAAUCAACCUGAUAACCAGUCACCAGAUAAUGACGGACAACCCGACAACCAGAGCCCUGACAAUAACGAUGGCCAGCCAGGAGGAAAGAAACCCAAGGGUGGCAAGAAACCCAAAGGCGGAAAUCAACCUGAUAACCAGUCACCAGAUAAUGACGGACAACCCGACAACCAGAGCCCUGACAAUAACGAUGGCCAACCAGGAGGAAAGAAACCCAAGGGUGGCAAGAAACCCAAAGGCGGAAAUCAACCUGAUAACCAGUCACCAGAUAAUGACGGACAACCCGACAACCAGAGCCCUGACAAUAACGAUGGCCAGCCAGGAGGAAAGAAACCCAAGGGUGGUAAAAAACCCAAAGGCGGAAAUCAACCUGAUGAUAAGUCACCUAAUGAUGACGGACAACCCGACAACCAGAGCCCUGACAAUAACGAUGGCCAACCAGGAGGAAAGAAACCCAAGGGGGGGAAAAAAACCCAAAGGUGUGCUAAAAUUGACCUCUAUCAUUUUAAUACAGGCUCGCCAUCUGGUAGUCCCAAUAACCAACAACCCAAUAACGAUCAACCAGAUGUAGAUGAUCAGUCAGAAGAAGUGUCACCAGAUGAUGACGGACAACCCGACAGCCAGAGCCCUGACAACAACAAUGGCCAGCCAGGAGGAAAGAAACCCAAGGGUGGCAAGAAACCCAAAGGCGGAAAUCAACCUGAUAACCAGUCACCAGAUAAUGACGGACAACCCGACAACCAGAGCCCUGACAAUAACGAUGGCCAGCCAGGAGGAAAGAAACCCAAGGGUGGCAAGAAACCCAAAGGCGGAAAUCAACCUGAUGAUAAGUCACCUAAUGAUGACGGACAACCCGACAACCAGAGCCCUGACAAUAACGAUGGCCAGCCAGGAGGAAAGAAACCCAAGGGUGGCAAGAAACCCAAAGGCGGUAAUCAACCUGAUAACCAGUCACCAGAUAAUGACGGACAACCCGACAACCAGAGCCCUGACAAUAACGAUGGCCAGCCAGGAGGAAAGAAACCCAAGGGUGGCAAGAAACCCAAAGGCGGAAAUCAACCUGAUAACCAGUCACCAGAUAAUGACAGACAACCCGACAACCAGAGCCCUGACAAUAACGAUGGCCAACCAGGAGGAAAGAAACCCAAGGGUGGCAAGAAACCCAAAGGCGGAAAUCAACCUGAUAACCAGUCACCAGAUAAUGACGGACAACCCGACAACCAGAGCCCUGACAAUAACGAUGGCCAGCCAGGAGGAAAGAAACCCAAGGGUGGAGGAAAGAAACCCAAGGGUGGUAAAAAACCCAAAGGUGGUAAUAAACCCAACGCCGGAAAUCCACCAGGGCAAACAACAGCUACAGUCACAACAAAGACGACAACGGAAACAACCGCUUCUGCCAGCUCGCCAUCUGGUAGUCCCAAUAACCAACAACCCAAUAACGAUCAACCAGAUGUAGAUGAUCAGUCAGAAGAAGUGUCACCAGAUGAUGACGGACAACCCGACAGCCAGAGCCCUGACAACAACAAUGGCCAGCCAGGAGGAAAGAAACCCAAGGGUGGCAAGAAACCCAAAGGCGGAAAUCAACCUGAUAACCAGUCACCAGAUAAUGACGGACAACCCGACAACCAGAGCCCUGACAAUAACGAUGGCCAGCCAGGAGGAAAGAAACCCAAGGGUGGCAAGAAACCCAAAGGCGGAAAUCAACCUGAUAACCAGUCACCAGAUAAUGACGGACAACCCGACAACCAGAGCCCUGACAAUAACGAUGGCCAGCCAGGAGGAAAGAAACCCAAGGGUGGUAAAAAACCCAAAGGCGGAAAUCAACCUGAUAACCAGUCACCAGAUAAUGACGGACAACCCGACAACCAGAGCCCUGACAAUAACGAUGGCCAGCCAGGAGGAAAGAAACCCAAGGGUGGCAAGAAACCCAAAGCCGGAAAUCAACCUGAUAACCAGUCACCAGAUAAUGACGGACAACCCGACAACCAGAGCCCUGACAAUAACGAUGGCCAGCCAGGAGGAAAGAAACCCAAGGGUGGUAAAAAACCCAAAGGCGGAAAUCAACCUGAUGAUAAGUCACCUAAUGAUGACGGACAACCCGACAACCAGAGCCCUGACAAUAACGAUGGCCAACCAGGAGGAAAGAAACCCAAGGGUGGUAAAAAACCCAAAGGUGGUAAUAAACCCAACGCCGGAAAUCCACCAGGGCAAACAACAGCUACAGUCACAACAAAGACGACAACGGAAACAACCGCUUCUGCCAGCUCGCCAUCUGGUAGUCCCAAUAACCAACAACCCAAUAACGAUCAACCAGAUGUAGAUGAUCAGUCAGAAGAAGUGUCACCAGAUGAUGACGGACAACCCGACAGCCAGAGCCCUGACAACAACAAUGGCCAGCCAGGAGGUAAGAAACCCAAGGGUGGCAAGAAACCCAAAGGCGGAAAUCAACCUGAUGAUAAGUCACCUAAUGAUGACGGACAACCCGACAACCAGAGCCCUGACAAUAACGAUGGCCAGCCAGGAGGAAAGAAACCCAAGGGUGGCAAGAAACCCAAAGGCGGAAAUCAACCUGAUAACCAGUCACCAGAUAAUGACGGACAACCCGACAACCAGAGCCCUGACAAUAACGAUGGCCAGCCAGGAGGAAAGAAACCCAAGGGUGGCAAGAAACCCAAAGGCGGAAAUCAACCUGAUAACCAGUCACCAGAUAAUGACGGACAACCCGACAACCAGAGCCCUGACAAUAACGAUGGCCAGCCAGGAGGAAAGAAACCCAAGGGUGGCAAGAAACCCAAAGGCGGAAAUCAACCUGAUAACCAGUCACCAGAUAAUGACGGACAACCCGACAACCAGAGCCCUGACAAUAACGAUGGCCAGCCAGGAGGAAAGAAACCCAAGGGUGGCAAGAAACCCAAAGGCGGAAAUCAACCUGAUAACCAGUCACCAGAUAAUGACGGACAACCCGACAACCAGAGCCCUGACAAUAACGAUGGCCAGCCAGGAGGAAAGAAACCCAAGGGUGGCAAGAAACCCAAAGGCGGAAAUCAACCUGAUAACCAGUCACCAGAUAAUGACGGACAACCCGACAACCAGAGCCCUGACAAUAACGAUGGCCAGCCAGGAGGAAAGAAACCCAAGGGUGGCAAGAAACCCAAAGGCGGAAAUCAACCUGAUAACCAGUCACCAGAUAAUGACGGACAACCCGACAACCAGAGCCCUGACAAUAACGAUGGCCAGCCAGGAGGAAAGAAACCCAAGGGUGGCAAGAAACCCAAAGGCGGAAAUCAACCUGAUAACCAGUCACCAGAUAAUGACGGACAACCCGACAACCAGAGCCCUGACAAUAACGAUGGCCAGCCAGGAGGAAAGAAACCCAAGGGUGGCAAGAAACCCAAAGGCGGAAAUCAACCUGAUAACCAGUCACCAGAUAAUGACGGACAACCCGACAACCAGAGCCCUGACAAUAACGAUGGCCAACCAGGAGGAAAGAAACCCAAGGGUGGCAAGAAACCCAAAGGCGGAAAUCAACCUGAUAACCAGUCACCAGAUAAUGACGGACAACCCGACAACCAGAGCCCUGACAAUAACGAUGGCCAGCCAGGAGGAAAGAAACCCAAGGGUGGUAAAAAACCCAAAGGCGGAAAUCAACCUGAUGAUAAGUCACCUAAUGAUGACGGACAACCCGACAACCAGAGCCCUGACAAUAACGAUGGCCAACCAGGAGGAAAGAAACCCAAGGGGGGGAAAAAACCCAAAGGUGGUAAUAAACCCAACGCCGGAAAUCCACCAGGGCAAACAACAGCUACAGUCACAACAAAGACGACAACGGAAACAACCGCUUCUGCCAGCUCGCCAUCUGGUAGUCCCAAUAACCAACAACCCAAUAACGAUCAACCAGAUGUAGAUUAUCAGUCAGAAGAAGUGUCACCAGAUGAUGACGGACAACCCGACAGCCAGAGCCCUGACAACAACAAUGGCCAGCCAGGAGGUAAGAAACCCAAGGGUGGCAAGAAACCCAAAGGCGGAAAUCAACCUGAUGAUAAGUCACCUAAUGAUGACGGACAACCCGACAACCAGAGCCCUGACAAUAACGAUGGCCAGCCAGGAGGAAAGAAACCCAAGGGUGGCAAGAAACCCAAAGGCGGAAAUCAACCUGAUGAUAAGUCACCUAAUGAUGACGGACAACCCGACAACCAGAGCCCUGACAAUAACGAUGGCCAGCCAGGAGGAAAGAAACCCAAGGGUGGCAAGAAACCCAAAGGCGGUAAUCAACCUGAUAACCAGUCACCAGAUAAUGACGGACAACCCGACAACCAGAGCCCUGACAAUAACGAUGGCCAGCCAGGAGGAAAGAAACCCAAGGGUGGCAAGAAACCCAAAGGCGGAAAUCAACCUGAUAACCAGUCACCAGAUAAUGACGGACAACCCGACAACCAGAGCCCUGACAAUAACGAUGGCCAGCCAGGAGGAAAGAAACCCAAGGGUGGCAAGAAACCCAAAGGCGGAAAUCAACCUGAUAACCAGUCACCAGAUAAUGACGGACAACCCGACAACCAGAGCCCUGACAAUAACGAUGGCCAGCCAGGAGGAAAGAAACCCAAGGGUGGCAAGAAACCCAAAGGCGGAAAUCAACCUGAUAACCAGUCACCAGAUAAUGACGGACAACCCGACAACCAGAGCCCUGACAAUAACGAUGGCCAGCCAGGAGGAAAGAAACCCAAGGGUGGCAAGAAACCCAAAGGCGGAAAUCAACCUGAUAACCAGUCACCAGAUAAUGACGGACAACCCGACAACCAGAGCCCUGACAAUAACGAUGGCCAGCCAGGAGGAAAGAAACCCAAGGGUGGCAAGAAACCCAAAGGCGGAAAUCAACCUGAUAACCAGUCACCAGAUAAUGACGGACAACCCGACAACCAGAGCCCUGACAAUAACGAUGGCCAGCCAGGAGGAAAGAAACCCAAGGGUGGUAAAAAACCCAAAGGCGGAAAUCAACCUGAUGAUAAGUCACCUAAUGAUGACGGACAACCCGACAACCAGAGCCCUGACAAUAACGAUGGCCAACCAGGAGGAAAGAAACCCAAGGGUGGUAAAAAAACCAAAGGUGGUAAUAAACCCAACGCCGGAAAUCCACCAGGGCAAACAACAGCUACAGUCACAACAAAGACGACAACGGAAACAACCGCUUCUGCCAGCUCGCCAUCUGGUAGUCCCAAUAACCAACAACCCAAUAACGAUCAACCAGAUGUAGAUGAUCAGUCAGAAGAAGUGUCACCAGAUGAUGACGGACAACCCGACAGCCAGAGCCCUGACAACAACAAUGGCCAGCCAGGAGGAAAGAAACCCAAGGGUGGCAAGAAACCCAAAGGCGGAAAUCAACCUGAUAACCAGUCACCAGAUAAUGACGGACAACCCGACAACCAGAGCCCUGACAAUAACGAUGGCCAGCCAGGAGGAAAGAAACCCAAGGGUGGCAAGAAACCCAAAGGCGGAAAUCAACCUGAUAACCAGUCACCAGAUAAUGACGGACAACCCGACAACCAGAGCCCUGACAAUAACGAUGGCCAGCCAGGAGGAAAGAAACCCAAGGGUGGCAAGAAACCCAAAGGCGGAAAUCAACCUGAUAACCAGUCACCAGAUAAUGACGGACAACCCGACAACCAGAGCCCUGACAAUAACGAUGGCCAGCCAGGAGGAAAGAAACCCAAGGGUGGCAAGAAACCCAAAGGCGGAAAUCAACCUGAUAACCAGUCACCAGAUAAUGACGGACAACCCGACAACCAGAGCCCUGACAAUAACGAUGGCCAGCCAGGAGGAAAGAAACCCAAGGGUGGUAAAAAACCCAAAGGCGGAAAUCAACCUGAUGAUAAGUCACCUAAUGAUGACGGACAACCCGACAACCAGAGCCCUGACAAUAACGAUGGCCAACCAGGAGGAAAGAAACCCAAGGGUGGUAAAAAACCCAAAGGCGGAAAUCAACCUGAUAACCAGUCACCAGAUAAUGACGGACAACCCGACAACCAGAGCCCUGACAAUAACGAUGGCCAACCAGGAGGUAAGAAACCCAAAGGUGGCAAAAAACCUAAAGGACCAUCUGACAAACCUAAUGGUAAAGCACCUAAACCAAAUAGCCCUAAGGGCAAAAAGCCAAGACAUGGUGGCAUUAGGCCCGGCAGGCCUAUACUAAUUCCUCCAGGUGGUGGUCGAUACCCACCAGGAUUGGUCCCCAAACACCCAGGCCGUAACCGUAUCUGCGUGUGCUUCAACAGUUUCACUGAAAUGCCAGCAGAACUGAGAUCGCAAUUCAGAUUAUACUGA